GCCCGUACUACUGGUUUGCCUUUAGUUUGGUUUAGGUUUUAAUCAGCUUUUUGUAUCAUCUUUUGCUGGUUCUUCAUUUCCACUUUUGGGUAGUUCAUCAUUGAAAAGCUCACAAUCAAGUUAACCCUUCACCAUCAUCUUGACAAUGGAUACCAACCGAACGUGGGAACCAUCACCAAGUUAUUCACAAUUUUUAACAGAGAGUAGUAAUUUUGUUCGUAUUAAUUUCCACCAAUUGGUCAACAAUUAUUCAUUUCCAGAGGACACAGUUAAAGAUUUGAGCAAGUGUUUAACCAAUCUUGAUCGUUAUGAUUACAUACUCAUGUUUGUUUUGGCAAUCUUCUGGACCAUAGUGCGGAAUAUUUUAACCACCAAUCUUUUCAAGCCUAUUGCCCGUUACUACAGAUUACCAAAGCAAGAAAGAGAAAAAUUACCCGAAAGUGCCUGGAAAUUCAUUUUUUAUCUAUCAACAUGGUGUUACACUGCAUACAUUUUACUAUGGCAAUCAGGAACCAACUACUUCUACAAACCCACCGAUGUUUGGAAAGACUAUUCCAUGUCCCUGGAUGUUCCGAAAGAUGUCUACGCUAUUUAUAUCGUUGAAAUUAGCUUCUAUCUCCAUUCGCUCUAUGCAACUAUAUUUGUUGAUCAUUGGAGGCGAGAUACAUUGGUCUUGAUGGGUCAUCACAUUGUUACAUCAUUACUUCUUGUCUUCUCCCUCUCAAUCAGAUGCCAUCGAGCUGGAUUAAUUGCUAUUUUUCUUCAUGAUGCUUGUGAUAUCCUCCUGGAAGGAACUAAAACCUGUCUUUAUUUCAAGAGACAAAAUAACAAGAAUAUUAAUAUCUUUGAAUUAUUGGCCAACAUUGGUUUCUGCUGUUUCACGGUUACUUGGUUUGUAACUCGACUUUAUUGGUUUCCAUUGAGAAAUGUUUUCAUUUCUUCAAUUUACGUCCAUCAACAUGGAAUCCAAGUACCAUUUCCACUUUUUCUCAAUUCGCUUCUCUACAUUUUACUCACAAUGAAUCUUUAUUGGUUUUCCUUUAUCAUUAAACUUCUUUACAAAGUGGUAACCGGUCAAGUUAAAGAAAUCGAAGACAACCGAGAAUAUGAACACGAUGAAACUAAUAAUACAAGUACAGAGUCAAAGGAAGAAAUCAAAAAUGAGGUGCAACAAAAGGUGAAGACGUUUAUUAAAGAUGGAUCUUCAACUGUUUUCUUAUUAAACCAACGGAAAGUAGAUCCAAGUGUAGGUCGAUCUGAAUAGGAAUGAAUUACAACCUGGCGAUAUAAUCGUUUUUUUGAGAUCAAAUUUUUACUCAUUGUAAUUUUAUGUAACGACAAACGCCAUCAACCCCUUUCAAGUCAAUCAAUCAUCUUUCAUUUCAUUUUCGAAUUUGAAUUCUAUUUUCAAAUCAACUCAAAAAUAGACUCCUCAAUCAUGCCAACAAUUAAUUCUAUUUUGUAGUUUAUAAAUAAAUUUUAUUGACAAUGGGUUUUGUAAUAUUUUUAUAUCUCACAAA